AUGGGAAUGAAAAUCGAUGGCCGGCAGGUGCACCACUAUCGUUUUGCUGAUGGCAUCGUCCUUGUAACAUCAAACAUUAGCCAAGCUGCACGUAUGCUUGCCGACUUUCAUAAAGCCUGUGGAAAGACUGGUCUACGUCUGAAUCUCACAAAAACGAUGUUCAUGAAGAACGGAUUGGAUUUGCAUGCCCCAUUUACGCUUAACGGAAUAGAUAUCUUUGAAGGCUCCAGUUAUGUCUAUCUAGGUUAUGAAAUAAAUAUGAUGAACGACUUAGCUCCAGAGCUGAGCAGAAGGAAACGAGCAGCUCGGGAAGCUAUCAGGAGCAUCGAGGAUGUAGUGAAGAGAACAAAGAACACCCGACUCCGUUCUUACCUUUUCGACUCAACGGUACUACCAGCUCCGACUUGUAUGCGUUAG